UUACUUCCAUGGUCGUGCCUCGUGGCACGGCAGCACCCGUACUAUUGAAAUGGUUCGUCAGUAGAGAUGUUCCCACAGGUGCCCCUUUUUCCAAUGGUACUAUAAUUCCUAUUCCUAUCCCUUCAUUCCCUCUUUUGGUCUAUCUACAUUCAAGGAAAUUCAUACGCUCCACAGACAGAGCAAAAAGUAGAGUCUUGGUCACAGCAAGCCGUCCUAUUCUAUUACCAGACAUAAUUGGGAGAAGCUCAUCCGAAACUAGAGCUAGAAACGCCCUAUUUCGUUUCGUUCCCGUUCUUCAUUUCCUUCUUCUCGAAUCCAAGGGGGACAACUCAUAUUUAGAAUCUUUCUGCGGUGUGCUCGGUUUACUAUUCUUUCGUACUUUCUUCUUUUUACCACGCGAUAGGUCAGCGAAGCGUGAGCGGGCGCGGAGAAGGAAAGGCCAAACACUUCGGCCUAACGGGAAUAAGCAAGGACGAAAUGAGAAGAUGAGGUGCCCCGGGCACCCCCAAAGAAGGGUCGAAGCUUUUCGGCCUGUAGCUUUCCCCGUCCCCCCUUCGUCGUGCGGUGUAAACAACAAACAAGACUACAAAAAAUCCAAAAACUCGAUACAUAUACUUCAGUUUGAACCCUAUUCUUGA